AUGCUAUGCACUCUGACGCAACGAACAGCAGCAAGUACAAUCACAAGGAGCAUAACAAGAGUGGUGGCAUGGUGACGACAACGACAACCGACGAAGAUGACGAUCACGUACCGAGGAGACCCCGUUCACGUACACGUAAAGGAACCUCGUUGGCUUCAGAUUCGGAUGAUCCCACAACCGCUGCCAAUCAUCACCAUCACCAUCACCUCAGCCAUCAUCAUCAGAUGCAUCCUCAGCAUGCACGGCACGAUGUGGAUGAUCCUGAUCAGCAGAAGCAGCAACAACACCAUCAGCCUCAUCGUCAUCAUCGGGCGUUGUUCAAUCGUGAUCGAUUGAAUGAUUUAUGUGACGACGAGAGCAGUGAGGGUGGAGGAGGUGCAGCAGCACAAGCCUUACAUCACCAUCGCGAGAAGACGAACAGUCGCCGAAGCUCGCAGGGUGAUGACAAGAAGCCGUCCCGUAAGGCAUCCCGUUCGAUCCGUAUCCAAUCGGACACGGAAACGGACGAUGAGUCGAUGAUGCGUAACGAUCGUUCGAAGAAGAAGCUGCAGCAGCAAAUGUCUGGUGGAGCAAGUGCCGUCGAGUUAGGACCAUCCACUGGUGGUAGCAUGAUCUCAGAUGCAGAGUUCGAUCGCAUCAAUGACAAAAUCGGGCGCAUGUUUGCUGGUACCUCUGAACCGCUGGAGCAACACCAUCGUUCUGGCGAAGAAAUUAAGAUUAAAAAGGAAAUCAAAAGUGAGGAUGAAUCGACAGCGACAAUGGGUAACGAAGAGGACCGGAAAUCGAGCACCUCCAUCACCAAAACCACCACAUCCAUGCUGGCAACGGGUGAUGGCGGCAAUGUGGUUACAGAUGGUAGUGUUGGGCUUUCGGUAACCGAGCGGAAGCCAUCAUCUUUUGCACUGAUUGCGAGUGACAUAUCGGAUGACGAUUUGGUCAAAACGAUUGUCAAGACUGAGUAUCAACCGACGGUGGCGGCGCAUCUGGUUGAAUCACGAGCGGCCCCAAGCAUCAAACGUGAACCAUCUAAUGCUGAGUUGUAUAGCAAAUCCGGUUCGUACAAGGAGCGACCUGCAACAAUACGGGACUCGCAGCUAGGCCCAGCCAACGAACUGGGCGUGGCGGAGAUGCAACUGGCGCCCAAAACAGAGCACUCGGAAUCGAAGAAGAAGAACCGACGGAAGCAGAAGCGUAGCAAAGCUUUCGACGGUAGCGGUGGCAGCAGCUAUGAACAGCCUGAUAUAGAUUCAAUCGGUAAUGGACCUAUCUCUGGAGUAACACCCAUGGCAACUGCAACUGACGGUGGAGUCCAAGCGACAACAACCGGUAAUAGUGGAAGCAUCAGCAACAACUUUUAUGCGAUGACAUCUUCGAUGAACGAUCCGAACAACAUCAGCAAAUCCACCACAAUUCCUACGAUCACAAACACUAUCACAGCCUCCAUCAUUAGCACUGUUGGAUGUUCUGCAGCGGUGGAGGACGCAAAGACAAAACCAUCGUCCGAGGAGCAUCAGUCUCUGGCGGCUUCCUACAAUCGUAAGAAACACAGCAACAAGAAGGAAAAGCGGCGCGAUCGCUCGAAGGAAGAGUACGACAAGUCAUCCUCUACUAGCAGUCGGUCGAAGAAAUCGAAGAACCGCCAUAAGGACGGUAACGCUAUUGGAGGAAAUAGCAGCAACUGCGCCGUUGCGUCUAGCAAUAGCAGAUUCCUGGAUAUGGAACUGUUCGGACCAAUCUCAGAUGAAGAGGAAUCGCAGCACUCGUCAGUGGAAACGGAAGCAUCGAGCGGUGGUAAGCAGGGCUCGUUGGAACCGGAAGAACAACAGCAGCAAAAGCUCAAGGAAGACGGACUUGUGGUACAGAAGGAGACAUCUGGCACCAAUAAUGACGCUGCCAAGGUACCGCAUGGUCGCCCGACCAUUGUGACUGCUGCUUCUGCUGAGCUCAUCGCAGCUGAAGUAGACGGCACGGCGGCAACAAAGGGAGGAUUGGCACCGGCCAAGGUAGCCGUUAGCGGUGGAGGAAAUGCAACCGAAGAUCAGCAACAACAGCAGCAGCUGUAUGGUGGUGUUGGCAGCGUCAAGUUAGAACCAUCGGUACCGAUCGGUACGAGCGGUGAUCUGACGUUGACGGAGAAGGAACGCAACAAGGAAGAAUCCCGCAAACGCAAGGAGAGAAAGCGUCGCGAGAAACUGCGCGCUUCCAUGAUGGCUCUUAAGGAGGACGAGAAUAGUGUCGAUCUGGACGAGGCUGGGCGCGCGCUCGAAGCGCAGCUAAUGAGCGACACCGAUCAGAAGGUGGAGGAAGUAUCACCGACCUCAACGGUAACGAGUGCGGCUUCAAUCCUCAGUGGAAAGCGAUCGUCAGUCGAUAUGAUGGACGUGUUCCGGUAUACCGAUGGCGAUGAAAGCAUGGAAACCACGGGGAUAGCAACGACGAGCGCGACUGCGACGAGCGAUAAACGUACCGAAUCGACGACAUCCUCUGGUGAUCACGCCCGAAAGGAGAAGAAAAAGAAGAAGAAACGCGGCAAAGAGGAGAAGCAUAAGCAUCAUCACAGCAGUAACACCAGCACCGUUCUAUCGAACAUGGCCACCGACAGUUCGUUGGUGACUGGCAGUAGCAUCAGUAGCAACGGUAGUGCGUCCGGUGUCGUAACUACGAAAACCUCACUAUCCUCGGUUGGAUUGGCUACUGGCAGCUUAAGUCACGGUACUAGUAGCGCUAGCGGUGGCAGGCCAAGUGGCAAUGGCGGUGCUCAUGAGUUCAAGAAUAGCCAAGGAAACAGCCAGCCGCAAUCACAACCACCAACGAUGACACCGGUUACGCCUUCGAUCAACAAGCUUUCGCUGGACAUCAUUUCCGCCCAACAGGAAGACUCGAAGCACAAUCUCAGCAAACCGUCGCCCAGUUUGCCGUGUCUGCUGGACGAAAGUCCACCGCCGUCGAACAAACAACAACUGACCGCGCAGACCAACGCAGCGGCGGCUGGCGGUUCGGCAACGACUCCAUCGUCCUCCGGUGGAUCACCACCUUCACCGAUGCCAUUAACAGCUGGUGGUAAUGGUCGUGAAAUGACCUGUUCCACUCCCACCUACGAUUACGAGGAGGUUCACAUUGGUGGCGAGCACAAUCGAAGCGGCAACAGCCUGGAAGGGGAUGCUUCGCCUGUUGUGGUAGCGCCAUUGUCGAAGCGUAAACCAGACAAAGCUGGCCAGAUACCAGGUUUCGGUAUAGCGCUGGACGAGCAAAUUCACGAGAGCGCGGUCCGGUCGAUAUCCGGUGAAUUCGGAGUGGAAAAGACAGCUGACAAGACGCCAGACCAGCUAGAUCAGGCCACGAAAGGUGGCAAAGCCGUCGAUCUUCAGCAACAACAAAAGCAGCUGCUGUUGAAGCAAAAGAGCGACGAAGCGGCUAAGACACUCGGUGGUAUCGAGGAAAAGUCUCGGGUGGUAAUUUCACAGGAAGAGACGGAGGAUGCUGUGGCCGCACUACUUGGUGAGAGCUUUGGCACCUCGAACACCCCCGACUUCUCGGACAUAAUGUACAGUGAUCCAGUUGAUCCAGUCGAAGAAGCUCAGCUACAAACCGACGAGGAACAGAUACCACAAAUCCCGGAGGAGGAUGAUGAGGAAAUGAAGAAGGCGAUCAUGAGCCUGAAUGCGGAAGAGCUAGACAUCAAGGCGGACACGCCGCAAUCGGAGCACGAUCUGCAGAUCGACACCGAUACAGAUGAUGCGAAUGAGGAUGAGCAUCCGGCCAACCUACUUCGGUUCGACAAUCCACCGAAAACGCCAGACGUGGAUCUCAGUCAGAUUGGAAAGCCGUUGAUCGAGAGCACCGCGAGUGGUAGGGGAAUUGCAACAACUCCAAUCACAAGCUCCUCUUCCUCCUCCUCAUCUGUCGGUGCUGGUGGGGCAUCAUUCAGUUCGUCCAUGCGAAAGGAUGAAGUGAAGCUGGAAAUGCCCAACACACCAGGUAAGAACGUGUCGCUUUCGUCAUGCGAAUCACCGAAGUCGAGUCCGAUAGCCACAAUGACGAACACGGCGACCAUAGCUAGCACAAGCACUACUACGUCACCAUCCGUUAGUCAGAAGAUCAUUACGCCAUCGUCAACAAUAACAAUCAUCAAAGAACAGUUGCGUGCAGGAACGGCUCCAACGGCGACUGUCGCAAGCACCUCCACACCAUUGACUAUCACCUACCCGCCAGUGUCGGUGAAAGCCACAUCUGUUCCACCCACGAUCGGCAGUCCUCGAUCUACCGGCGUCACCAGUCAGUUGCAGCCAACUGUGGUUGCGAUCUCGCCAUCGAUGGGUCCAACGCAUCACCCAGCGUACAUUGUACAAACACCACCAACGAUCACUAUUCCGGAAUCACAUGCGAUCCCGAUCUAUCAUCAUUCAGCGGUAGGUGCUUCAACAUCGGAGGCGACCACGAUGCAGUCGCCUCGUGGUCCCGCCGAUAUUAGGUUGACAUCACCAAAGCUGCAGAUGGCACCGCAUUCACCAUUCGGGAGGACGUCCUCUCCGACGGCAACGUUACGUGCUCAGUCGGUUACGACAGGUGGUAGUCGCCAUUCGCCGCAACUUAGUCCUAUUCCAACGCCUUCGGGGGCAAUGCUUAUGCAUCCCGGCGGAAGCAGUGGUACCGGGCACGUGGCAAUCCACUCAACCAUGAACAGCAACGUUCCUACCGUCGGGACACCACCAUCGCAAACGAUCAGUCAGUCUCCGUUCCAUGGCAAACAAGGACAAUCGCCAACGACUGCUGGUCAGGUGAUUACGCCAGUUGGACAGCAAGCGUACAACCAUCAUCAUUACACUCAUCUACAUGCCACGGGUGUUGGAACAAUUCCUGGUGGAAGUACUGGUACAGGAUCGCGAUCGCCAGUAAUCGGAACAGUAAAGUCAGUAACAUCGACGAAGGCUAAUGAACCGACGAUUAAGCCAGCGCAGUACAGUACGACUACCACGACUGCGACGACCGUGACCACUGGCGCACCGGUACCAAUAACUACGCGUAUUAUUACGGCAACAACCGCCGCCGGAAGCAGCGCUGCAGUGGUGGGCACUAGUCCAUCAUCUGCAGCAAGUUCGCCGUCGUCCACUGUCGCACAUGAUUCAAUAAUCACACCGGCCAAACCGAUAGCAAUAGCGGCAAGCGUGGUGAAGACGUUACCGUCAGUGGUGACACCAGAAGCAACAUCUAUCAAGACGACGAAUGCGAUAGUUGUGACACAACCGAAUAUCGUGGUAGCAACAGCAUCUGCUACGGUUGUCCAGACGCCACAACCGGUUACCACGGCAACGGUGAGCAAAUCAUUGUCCCAGGCACCUCAGACUAGCAGUGGUUCACCGAACGCAUUUGUCACGGCAAAGGUUGCUAAUCCAGAGAGCGGCAAGACAGUGAGCACUCCGGCUAGCAACACCAUUUCAACGAUCAUGUCCAAUCCGAACCAUCAACCAGCAGCUACCUCUCUGCCAGUGAUCUCAACUACUAGCGCGACCGCGGUUGCCACGAAACAGUCCGAGAAAUCGUCGUUACCAGAUAGCGGUACGCAAGACAAAGUACAAGCUGCUGGCAAGGAUGCUGCGGAAUCGCUGGUUGGCAAAUCAGCACUGCGAACUGAGCAGGAAUCGGAUUCGAAGGAGGACAGUGAUUGCUGGUCGUCCAAGGAGAUUAACAUCGAUUCCGUAAUCAAGAAGGUGGAUGCACUAUGUUCUGAAGAUGAAUCCAUUUUGCUUCCGCCGAAGCAGCAACAACAGCAGCGGACAUCAAAGAGCGCCAGUGCAAUCGAUAAGGAAGCUUCUACGAUUGAGAUGGUUGCCAAAGGGGAAGAUCGCACCGAUCAGGACGCGAAAGAGGAGCGUGUUAGUGCUGCGAAUGCAACAGCACCUCCUCCUCAAGCUCCAGGAGUCACGGAAGACGAAGAAACUGGCGCAGAUGAUAUCGCAGCAGCUAGGGGUGAAUCGAUGGAGAGGGGAGAACAUUCUGGCUCGAGUACAAGCGGACGUGGCAGUACCACUGGACGGCGCGGUGUUGGACGUCGCGGUGGUCGAAAGACCUCUGAAACCAACCAUCCUUCCGAUAGUUCUUCUUCUCCAUCGGCAACUUCUUUGGACACCGGUGUUGCAGCGGGCAUCCAAACGCGGACCCGCGGUGGAAAGACAGCGACCGUUAAGCGGGGUCGCGGUGGUAGAGGAGCUGCAAAUGCUGCGCGCGGUGGAGGUACAGCUGGUGGUGCAGGAAAUGUGCAGCAGCAGGGAGGCAUCACAGGAUUGCCACCCGCUGCUGGUACCGCUGCACCAGCAGUGGCCGCAGGAACACCAAAGGCAAGCAGGUUUGGCGUAAAUGUUGGAUCUUCAAACGAUAUCUACGAAUUCCACGAUGAUUCCGGUGAGGAUGUUUCCAACUCGGACAAGCUGCUAGCCGGGGAUGGUAAUGCUCGGCCACGGCUGAUACUGACGAUAAAGAAUCAGACCGCGGUAACGACAGCGUCGUCCAUGCCAGCUGUGUCCAGUACUAGUACUACACCAGCCACAGUUAUUGCAUCAUCAGCCAGCUCUACAAGUAGUACCACAACAAACGUAGUUAGCGCUGCUCCUGUUGUCUCGUCGGUCGUAACAAUGAGCGCUACUAGCAAUCCCCCUACCAACGUCGAACAUACAUCGAAUGCCAUGCAACUGCCCAACACGACCGUAACAUCAGCUGGACAGCAGCACCAACAAUCGACGGCAGCUUUAGGAAACGAAUCCCAAAAUGUUGUUGCAUCGCCAACUGCUCAUUCACAACCUGAUCUGGGCAAGGAAGAUCUAGUACACCUAGCGAACGUAGCUGGUGGACUUACACCAGCGGCGGCUGCAGCAGCAGCUGCUGCAAGUACGCGUAAAUCCCGUCGUUUGCUAGAGAAAGAUGGGCGCAGUACGAUCGACGACAUUAUAGAGGACGUUAUCCGCAAUGGACCGUCGCCGAAGGUGGCAGGUAUGAUGCAGACCGGAGCCUCACAACAACCAGCAGCUCCGCCAUCACAGCAACAACAACCAGCAUCCAACGUACCCUUGGCAACGACACAACAGUCACCACAAUCGCAGCAACCAACACCUACUGCAAUGAAUGCCGCUUCUACUGGAACUGGUGGACUAUCGCAGCAACCGCAGUUGGUGGUAUCUCCAGCUCUCGUAUCUCAACCAUCGUCAUCAUCAUUGGUUGGAGAACAACAGCAAACGCAUCAACAAGGCAUCCAAACACCGCGACGCACUACAAGACAGAACGCGACGAUAUCGUUGACUGCUACUGCAGCAGCUGCAGCGAUGGACAUUCAUCGUAAGUCACCUCGUAGUACUCGCAAGGGUAAGGAUCGGAAGACUUCGGAAACAUCGACGGAUAGCAGUGAUGAGAAACCACCAUCACAUUCACAACCUGCAUCCGUGGUGGCUCAGUCAUCUGCGCAGGCAGGAUCGUCAGCAGCGAACGCUACCAGCGUUACCGGCAAGGCAGAAGCGAAGACUGAUGAGAAGCAAGCUGGAGGAGGUACACUCUCCGCGACUACACCGGUAACACCAAGCAUACCUGUUACCCGGCCCAACGAAACGGCCUCACUGGCCGAUAAGUCGAAGGAGAAAUCUGUUAAAUUGGCCAUCGUCGAUGAGGCAAAGGCACCAGCCGACAUAACGUCACAGCACGGUCCGCAGACAUUGAUCGAUCCUGUCACUGGUGAAAUGGCGGUGAUGCGGCAUAGUAAGGAAGGCCAGUACAUACCGAUGCCGAGUGUACCUCCGCAGCCAUUGAAGAAGGUGAUAGCGGCGGCUGCGGCUGCGGCUGCUGAACAGCUAAAAUCUUCCUCACCAACACCCUCCUCAUCGUCGCCGGUGCUGCUUCCUGGUCCGAACAAUAGCAGCAGCAGCGGUUCAUCACCUAGCAGCAAUCGAGCUUCAACGCCGGGUUCCGUAGGACCGACCAUAGUCACUAACAAGACGAUUGUCAGUGGGGGCGUUGGUGCAACAACAGGGAGCGGAAUGGUAGUGCAGCAACCGGCAGUGGUUAGUACGAAACCUCAUCCUCUGAAGGCGCAUGUUCUGAACUCUCAACAGGCACUGCAACAGCAACAUCCGCAAUCACCGUCCCAGAUUGUGAUUAAACCUGGCCAACAGCAUCCGGGAGGAGUCAUUACGUCACAGCACCAGCAACAACAGCAACAGCAAACGGCCUACACCAGCAGUGGUCCAUUGCAUACGGCUCAAGGUGUUGUAACUAGCAAAUCGCAUAUACAUUCCGGCACACCGAGUAUCUCGAUGGCUGGAAUGUCGCAUAAGCAGACCCAGCCGAUCAUGUCCUCCACUGGUCUCGCUCAGCAUCAGCAACAACAACAACAGCAGCAAAUCAUCAUCCAAAGUGCCAUACAAGCGCAAACUCAACCACAUCCUCUGGGCAUCAGUAAGCAACAACCACAACCAACCAUCACUACUGGCAAACACGGCAGUGGCAGCGGCGGUGUGCAGCUACAUCCGCAUCCGGGUACUGGCAAUCUGUUGAUCAACAUACCCUCCAACAUGCAUCCGGCAACAACAGUUCAGAUGUCCCCACGGCUGCAACCGCAGCAUCAUCAACUGGUUAUAACGAAUGCCAAACCACCGUCACAAUCCCAACAGCAGCAUCCGCAGCAGCAACCUCCAUCAGCAGCGGUGCUGCACAAACAAGUGACGGUCACGUCAUCUGGAGCUCCUCCACAGCAAAUCAUCAUUCACCGUGGUAGCGGUAAACCGGGUGAAUCAUCGGCCACACUACACCAACAACUACCGGUUGGUUAUGCGACGGUUCUGCAAAGUGGUGGUAAAAUCAUCCAACAAACAGGCGGUACACCACAACCUGCCAUUGGUUCAACCAUGGUAGCGCAGCAGGCAACCAUCGGCAAACUCGCAACUGGUGGGGGACAGACAAUACAGAUUCCUACCGGAAGUGCAGGUAUUCCGAUACAUUACCAAGCAGCACCAGCCGGAAGUAGUGGAGGUCCGCAACAGCAGCCUAUUUUGCACAAAGGUGCCAUUACCACCGUGCAGAACAAGUUGCCACUAGGAAGUCAGCAGCAGCUGCCGCCGCAUAAGUUGAGCGAUGCUCCAGUGGCUCUGCAUAUGGUUGGAAGCAAAGGACAGAUCAUCCAUCAAGUACCGGCGAUCGGUGGAAAGAUUGUACAAAUCCAAGCAGCUCCAACGGCUAUCCACCAGCAGCAGCAGCACUUAGGACAAACGACAGCCGCAAACCUACCGAACCAUCACCAUGCGCAAAUACAACAGCAGCAUAUGUUGGUACAGCAAGGUCAACAAGUGCUACCUCCACAACCGGUCGGACUCACGAAGCUUUCAAAUCAUCACUUGUCCACUCCAUCACCACCGGCACCGUCACACCAGCAACACCAGCAUCAGCAACCACCCUCUAAGGGUAUGUCUCCUCAUAUUCAUCAGGCACCUCAAAUACUGACGGGUGCUGUUGCAAGCCCACCGCUCAAACAGCACGCCCAUCCGAUGCAGGGCCAGCAACCGAUCGUAACAGGUGCCAGCAGUACGCGUGGUGGUGUCGCAUUGCCUACGAUGAGUCCACAGGGACAAGCGGUCCAUCCACCUCAACCGACCAUCCAGCGACAUAUUCUCACACCCCAGGCCACCAUCUACGAGGCGACUAACUUGGGUCCGGAUGGAGGCUUCCGUGGCGGUAUGUCGAGAGAUUACGUGAAGUAUAUCUACCGCGGCAGCAACCCGAUACCGAGCAGGUCACCGAUGCGAGAGAUGUCGGAAAUGGAAGACACGGUUGCUGCCAGUCCACCGCUCGAGCUACGCCGUCCAGCCAGCGGCCCUCGCACGACGGCAGUACCACUCAGCCUGCAGAGUCCCGGAGAUCGUGUCACAGAUUCCCCGCAAGGAGCUCAGGUGUAUAUAGGCAGUGCCAGGAUACCACACCCUUAUCCGGAAUCGCUGAACGCACGAUACUACGAACCAUCGAUUGGUGGACCGAACGGCGGGGGCUCGAGAGCGAUCAGCGCCGAACCACCGCCUGCUCAUCAUCGGCCACAUAAUCUCUCCACUUCGGCAUACGCCACCAGUGGAGGUGUUCCGUACUCGGUCACACCCAGUCCAACACCACCACCGUCUGCAUCGCCGGCUUCUACCAUGUUGCAUAUGCAGCGGGAACGUGAACAGCAACAGCAGCACCAAGCAGUUGGAAGCGGAAGCAUUGUGCAAUCGACAGGACCACCGGGGAUGACCUCUUCGGUUGGACCACCGCCGCGCUUGAUCGGUGAUCGAGUAUCGGUAGUGCCCGGAGGAGGAGGUAGCGGCUACUACUAUCGUAGCGAGGUCGAGCAUGAGCUAAUCGACCAACAACAACUGCAUCCCGUUGCCCUAGGUCACGGAUCAUCGGUCGCGGCAUCGGGCCCGCUACCAGCUCAUACCGCAGGCAGUGCUGGGCUGGUGCAGGUAAUAGCACAACCUCCGUCUGUGGGCAGGCCAGGUGGCGGCUUGCAGAUGAGCACACCGCCGACGAUCGGUACACCUGGGCCACCAGUGCCCGUACAAACGGACUCACUGGAAGCACUGUUGCAGCGCUACCCAGUAAUGUGGCAAGGUCUGUUGGCGUUGAAAAACGACCAGGCUGCCGUCCAGAUGCACUUUGUGUAUGGCAACCCGAACGUAGCCGGCAGCUCGUUGCCGAGCAACAGUGACGGUUCGACACCUCCGUUACGCAUCGCACAGCGUAUGCGAUUAGAACCGGCACAAAUUGAUGGUGUUGCUAGAAAGAUGCAGAUGGUCAACGAGCAUUGUAUGCUGCUAGCGUUGCCAUGUGGCCGCGAUCGCAUGGAUGUGCUGCAGCAGCAGAACAAUUUGCAGACUGGCUUCAUCACCUAUCUACAGCAAAAGCAGGCGGCCGGGAUUGUCAACAUUGCCGCACCCGGUAGCGCCCAGGCCGCGUAUGUUGUGCACAUUUUCCCGUCCUGUGAAUUUGCGAAUGAAAAUCUCGCCCGAAUCGCACCGGAUCUAAUGCAUCGAGUGGCCAACAUUCAGUACCUGUUAAUUGUCAUCGCUACGGUGUAAGAAUAAGAGAGCAACUUGAAAUGGAAGACGAAUAUCUAUGGCAAACCACAAUAUGAUUUGAAAGAUGUUUAUUGUCGACAUAAUUUUUUAAACUUUUCUUAGUUACUCGAUAGCCGGCUAUUUCCAGUUUCAAAAAUAUACGACAGAACCGAGUCAAAAGUGCAAACAGAAAUAUAUAUCAAACAGCAAAAAUGGCCCUUCCCGUGACGAUAAUGCAUUCAAUGAUGAUUGGUUUUAAGAAGCUAUGGUGGUUGUCGGUCCCCUUUACCUAGCUCUUGUGUUUAACUGAAUGAUAUGCUUCGUAACUAAAAUACGAUGAUGAAAAUGAUCUCCUUAGAAGAAAAAGAAGGAGGAAGAGAAAAGUAAUUGAGAGAUCUCCUUAUUAUAUCUGCGCUUGUGUGGAGUCAAUUGCAAGACCGAUCGCAAUACAAUAGAUGCAUACGUAUGAGGAAUCAUAAUCUCAAGCAAUCGAAAGCGCCUCUGUAGGCUUACUGCUGCUAGAUUGGAACUUCUACUACUAACGAAUGAAGUAUAUAACUAGACAGAAUUUGAGAAGCAACCGUAACACAAGUCCCUCGCAAAAGAUGAUUGUAGCAGAGGCAAAGCAUUAGACGAAAAAGAUGAAAAUGAAGAAGAACACGGCAAACCCAAUAUCUCUAUCAAAGAGCAACAGGCUAUAGGACGACACAAUCGAAGACUCGAGGGUAGUAGACGACGAUGCACUGCUGUUAUUAUUGAAAAGAAAGUAACGGAAAAACAAAAUCUAGAAUAUCCCCGAAAUUUAGCAGCGAUACGAAUUGACGCUGAAUAACAACGGCAUGAAGAGGAUUAAUAAAAUGCAAAAAGUGCUGUAAAAAUGUGUUGUAGGACAACCGUGCAAGGAAGGGCUAGAAUCUAGUGCUAAGAUUCGCUCACAAGGGAGAAGAGCGUAUCGUUGUGUAUCGUUAGAUGUUGGAUGUAAAAAUAGACGAGUUGUGUGAGCGGCAGAUAGUAACAAUCCUGUUGAAGACUGUCUGGCGAGCUAAAAGGGGUCGUAAAGGGUAUGGGCAUACAGCCACAGAAUAGCCCACCACGUUGAAAGUACUAGUAAUAUAAUAAAGCAUACAUACAUACAUACAUAUAUAAAUAUGCAUAUAUUUAUGUAUGUAUUUAUACAUAUAUAUGCGAAUAAGGAAUGCAAGAACAGCCCGAUAAACACACAAACAUGUUCAUUAAUAUACAUUAGAUACAUGGUUAUUAAACGUGAUUAGGCAGGUGGUAUCGCAUCGCGGUGGAUAGUGUAUAUGUAAAGAUUGUAGGCCGCGUUAGAAAUGUGCGGAAAGCGCGCACGCGGUACUGUGAGUUGAUAUGAAAUGAAAGGCAAAACGAUUCGUAAUCGUAAUGGGGGUAAACAUUGGCUAAUGCUUAGCGAUAACAAUAUGUUAUAGGCGUAAGGAAAAGGAAGCAGUAAACCGUUACAGACAAAGAAUAAGUAGAAGCAGCUAAACCCACACACCCUGUCUGCAACGCCCACUCUAAACGAUUGGUUUGAACUAUUAGAAACCACUGGAAUAAGGAUUAUCCGGUGUGUUGUGUACCUACACGCUUGUGCAGUAACUGUUCGAUUAUACUGAAGCACACGGUACAGCGCUUAUCUAUAUCUUACUAUUAUUAUUAUAUUAUUAUAUUAUUAUUAUCAUUAUUAAUAUUAUUAUUUUCUUUUCCUUUCUGUCGUUAUCAUUUUCCCCUUGUUUUCGAAUAAGUUUAGGCUAGUUUCGUAUGGUAUGAUAGUGUAAAUAUACAUUCUUUAAAGCGAAGGAGAUAAAUAAAAUCCAAACACACAAAAUAAACUAAUCCUCCCCUCACAUCAUAACCGUUUACUGUAUGCUGCUGCUGCUGCUACUGCUGGUGGUGCUUAUGAUGCGUGUAGUGCGAGUCAAACACGGAACAUCAUGUACACGCACCACUGAAAGAAAGCUGUUGAAAGCGGAUUAUGUUUCAUACGAACAGCGGGGGUGGCGUUUUCUUUUUAAUUAAAUGAAAAAUCCUUAAACAACAUACACCAUGGCUGCUGGCCAACCUAAAGAGAGAGAAACAGAGAGUACACUCACUUACAUGUUAAAGAAUAUGUCCAUUGGGCUGACAGCUUUCCUGCUGUUUCCAUAGGAUGGAGCGUCCUAAUUAAACCAAAACCCACGAGAGAUAUGCGUUGCACGUCGUAUAUCGAUAAAAAUCAAACAUGAAUAAUGAAAAAAUGUAACUAAAAUUGUAUGAAACAAUCAAGCCACUACUCGAUAACGAAGGAUCUUACCAGGUUGUUACUAUGUUAUUUGGAGUUUUUUUUAAUUCACACUCUUCUGAUACAGUCACAUUUGCCAGUCAGCCACAUAAAGUAGGUGAAAGAAACUGCACAGUGCAAUUUCGAGCUUCACAUUACCACCAGAAUUAAUGGCCAGCGAGUCUUUGGACAACAUCGUGAAAAUCAGAUCGCAGAAGAGAUAAACGGAGAGACCGAGAAUACGGUAAGAAGAGGAGAGGUUCGGAUAAAAGAGAAGCUGUAAAUGAGAAGGUGAAUGAUGGAAGGGUUUUAGAUAGCAAAAUUACGUCAGCAUCUACAGAUUGAGUAAGGCGAUCUCUAAGUGGUCGUCGUUUUAAAAGUGAACCUGGUAGAUGUAGCAAAACCGACAACGUGUUCUCGUUUCGAACGCGUGAGGAAGGAAGGUUGUGUUACCCGUGCGCUUUUGGCGCAAUCGAAUAAAUUGGACACCCGCUGAGACAAAAGAGAAAAGUAUUUAAAAUACUGUUAUGUCAAAGUGUUUUAAUAGGAGCACAGCAGUCGGGCUGGAGGUCGAGGAAGCAUAAAAGGACGGAAACAUAUAGAAUAGUCUAUCCAACAAGAAGCAAAGUUUUGAGAUGGAUUGUAUGGCCCAGAGAAGACAAAUUUGAAUUAACACAGAAAUACACAAUUUUCCCGCAACCUACAGAAUUUCCUCCACACAAUAGCCGGUUUGUAGUAGUACUAGCAAGAAUUAUGAUUUUAAACUAAAUGUGAUCAUCAAACAUAAAAGUGGAAGCAGAAGACGAAUGUACCUUUUCCUGUAUAUAGUGUGUAAAUAGAAGUGGAGGUCGCGUGUAAUUCAAAGAGUGUAAACCUCUAUUAUCCGACAAAAAGAGAGAUUCUAGGUAUUUGGAGGUGUGGAUUAGGGGCGACGCAGGCCAAAGCCCUCCUAACACUGGUAGGCCGGUAGUUCCAGCGUUCACACGUGGCAACCGAGCAGAGCGGUAAGAACGGAAAAUACAAAACAAAACUGAU